AUGUCUUAUACACUUUAUGGAUUUGCCAUGUCUUCCUGUACUUAGCGUAUAAGGAGCAUUCUCAAUUAUAAAAAGAUCCCAUAUACAUAAGUUUCAGUCAACUUCCUUAAAAAAGAAUAGUUGACAGAAGAAUAUAAAAAAAUACAUCCUCGUCAAAUAAUUCCAGCUUUAGUCACUCCAGAAGGACACACUUUAAUAGAGAGUUUAACUAUAGCUGAAUACUUAGAAGAAACACAUCCUGAAAAACCAAUCUUACCUAAAAAUAAGAUUCAAAGGGCUCAAGUUAGGUAUAUAUUUUUAGUAGAUAAUUUUACAGAGCUAUUGCUGAAUAUAUCAAUUCAUCUAUCCAACCAUUUCAACAUUUAGGAAUAUAACAAUAUAUUAAUUCACAUUCAGAAAAGUAAUUGGAAUGGAAAGAUUAAUGGACACAUUGGAAUAUGUUGGGAAUUAGCAAUAUAGAAAAAAGUAUUUCAAGAACAAGAGGUAGAUUCAGUGUUGGUGACUAAUUAACAUUAGCAGACAUUAUGAUCUAUUGUCAAGUUGAUUCUGCACAGACUAGAUUUGGCUUAGAUUUUGGAUAAUAUCAUAAUAUUAUGAAUAUUUACUUUAAUGUCAAUAAUAUUAAAGAAAUUGAAUAAUCGAGAGGAAUCUAUUAACAUGAUUUCCCUAAAUGAUU